AAACCACGCCCAAAACAACCCAGAGGAGCCAAUUACAGUUUGCGUUUCUCACGUUCAGUUUACCACCUUGGAGGGAUGACCCAACUUGUAUUUUCAACAGCGCGAUAGUUAACUUCUAUCGACGCGUGCGUGUAUCCUGCUGUCACUUUCUGUGUUAUCGAGGGCACCCAGGCUCAGAGGGGAAAGAUGAUGAGCAAGACUGUAACGAGGAAACUCCUGGGGUCCAUGUGUGGCUUUCAGACCCCCAGGUUGACCUAUGCUCAGAGUGCUGCAACCGCCCCUCUUCGAGAGAGAGAAAUGAUCAAAAGUAGAGAACUGGAAAAAGAGGAGCUACGUCCACUCUACAUGGACUUCCAGGCAACAACACCUAUGGACCCACGAGUGCUGGAUGCAAUGCUCCCUUACCAAGUGAAUUUCUAUGGCAACCCUCAUUCCAGAACCCAUGCCUAUGGCUGGGAGAGUGAGAGUGGCAUGGAAAAAGCUAGAAAGCAAAUUGCAGAUCUUAUUGCUGCUGAUCCUAGAGAGAUCAUUUUUACAAGUGGUGCCACUGAGUCCAACAAUAUGGCAAUCAAAGGAGUUGCCCGAUUUUACAAAGCCAAGAAGAAGCACGUCAUUACCACACAGACUGAGCAUAAAUGUGUACUAGACUCCUGCCGUGUGCUAGAGUCAGAGGGCUUUGAUGUCACCUACUUACCCGUGAAGACCAAUGGACUCAUCGACCUCCAGCAAUUAGAAGAAAGUAUUCGUCCAGAUACAAGCCUAGUGUCUAUUAUGACGAUCAACAAUGAGAUUGGAGUCAAGCAGCCCAUAAAGGAAAUAGGUCAGCUGUGCCGUUCCAAGAAUGUCUUCCUCCACACGGAUGCUGCUCAGGCCGUGGGCAAAAUCCCCAUUGACGUAUCGGACUUGAAGGUGGAUCUGAUGUCGAUCAGCGGCCAUAAAAUAUAUGGCCCUAAAGGUGUUGGGGCUCUAUAUGUGAGGAGGAGGCCGAGGGUGCGCAUCGAGCCUCUGCAGAAUGGUGGUGGGCAGGAGAGGGGACUUCGCUCAGGCACGGUCCCCACACCUCUGGCAGUGGGGCUGGGAGCAGCCUGUGAGAUUGCCCAGCAGGAGAUGGAGUAUGAUCACAAACGGGUGUCCAUGCUGGCCAAUCGCCUGAUUCAGAAAAUCAUGUCAGAAAUCCCAGAUGUCAUCAUGAACGGUGACGCAGAGCAUCGCUACUCAGGAUGCAUCAAUCUCUCCUUUGCCUAUGUGGAGGGGGAAAGUUUGUUGAUGGCACUAAAGGAUGUGGCCCUUUCGUCUGGAAGCGCCUGCACCUCUGCUUCCCUGGAGCCCUCUUACGUUCUCAGGGCAAUUGGAGCUGAUGAGGACCUGGCCCACUCCUCCAUCAGGUUUGGAAUUGGUCGCUUCACUACGGAGGAUGAAGUGGACUUCACAGCAGAAAAGUUAAUUCAACAGGUCAAACGGCUAAGGGACAUGAGCCCCUUAUGGGAGAUGGUGCAGGAGGGGAUUGACCUGAAGAGCAUCAAAUGGACGCAGCACUAAGACAACUGUAUAGGAGAGGAAGCAGAGGAUAGAGCCUUGUGAAUACUUAUUUUGUAUAGUUACGGAAAGGAUGCCAUUCCCAGCAUGAAUGGGACACUCUCAAAGAAACACGCACAAAUACAUGACUUAUUUUUGGGGAAAUGAGUUUGUUUAUAUUGGCAGACCAUUGUCUGUCCUUUCCAUUUCAUUUAUAUAAAUUUGGUCAGAGCA